GCGGAGGAGCGCGGGGAGGAGCGCGGAGGAGGAGCGCCGGGAGGAGGGCGAGGGGAGGGAGGAGGCGCCCUCCCGGCUCCCUGCAAAGCGGCCUUAUUUAUCUGGGCACAGCCUCAGCCUCCCCGGUGGGAGGCUCGGGGCCGCCGAUCCUCUCCCAUCUGGGGGCCCCACUCCGGGCGCGGCCGAGGGGGCCCGGCCAGGCCGGGACGUGGGGUGCAGGGCGCGGCCGGGCCCUGCUGGCCAGUCCAGCGCCUCGGCCGCCUCCACGCUCCCUGGCGCCCGUGCUGGGCUCCCCAUGACGCGAGGUAGCCCGGCGGACGGCGUGGCAUGAACCAGGAGCUUAGGCCAAGAGUGUUCGAGGAAGAUGUCGAGUCCCGGUGUCAACGGCGACCCCAAGCCUCCAUGCCUGCCUCGAAAUGGUCUAGUGAAGCUGCCAGGCCAGCCCAAUGGCCUGGGUGCAGCCAGCAUCACCAAGGGCACACCAGCAGCCAAAAACCGUCCCUGCCAGCCACCGCCCCCACCUACCCUCCCACCCCCCAGCCUGGCUACCCCACUCUCCCGGGCUGCCCUGGCUGGGGGGCCAUGUUCCCCUGCAGGUGGACCAGCCUCAGCCGCGGUGCCUGGACCCCCAGCAGAGCGGCCACCACUAGCCACAGAUGAGAAAAUCCUCAAUGGCCUCUUCUGGUACUUCUCAGCAUGUGAGAAGUGCGUGUUAGCUCAGGUGUGCAAGGCCUGGCGGCGUGUGCUGUACCAGCCUAAGUUCUGGGCAGGCCUCAUGCCUGUCCUGCAUGCCAAGGAGCUCUACAAUGUGCUGCCUGGUGGCGAGAAGGAGUUUGUGAACCUGCAGGGCUUUGCUGCACGUGGCUUUGAGGGCUUCUGCCUGGUUGGAGUCUCCGACCUGGACAUCUGUGAGUUCAUUGACAACUAUGCGCUUUCCAAGAAGGGGGUCAAGGCCAUGAGCCUCAAGCGUUCCACCAUCACUGAUGCUGGCCUAGAGGUGAUGCUGGAGCAGAUGCAGGGGGUGGUGCGCCUGGAGCUGUCCGGCUGCAAUGACUUCACUGAGGCCGGGCUGUGGUCCAGUCUUAGCGCACGAAUCACCUCGCUGAGUGUGAGCGACUGCAUCAACGUGGCAGAUGAUGCCAUCGCAGCCAUCUCACAACUGCUGCCCAACCUGGCCGAGCUGAGUCUGCAGGCCUACCACGUGACGGACACAGCGCUGGCCUACUUCACCGCUCGCCAGGGGCACAGCACACACACACUGCGUCUGCUCUCCUGCUGGGAGAUCACCAACCACGGUGUGGUGAAUGUGGUGCAUAGCCUGCCCAACCUCACCUCGCUCAGCCUCUCAGGCUGCUCCAAGGUCACUGAUGAUGGCGUCGAGCUGGUGGCUGAAAACCUUCGCAAGCUGCGCAGCCUUGACCUCUCCUGGUGCCCUCGCAUCACUGAUAUGGCCCUGGAAUAUGUGGCUUGUGAUCUGCACCGCCUGGAGGAGCUAGUGCUGGAUAGGUGUGUACGCAUCACGGACACUGGCCUCAGCUACCUGUCCACCAUGUCGUCCCUCCGCAGCCUCUACCUGCGAUGGUGCUGCCAGGUGCAGGACUUCGGGUUGAAGCACCUUCUGGCCAUGAGGAGUUUGCGUCUCUUGUCUCUGGCAGGCUGCCCGCUGCUGACCACCACGGGGCUGUCCGGCCUGGUGCAGCUGCAGGAGCUGGAGGAGCUAGAGCUGACCAACUGCCCCGGGGCCACACCCGAGCUCUUCAAGUACUUCUCGCAGCACUUGCCCCGCUGCCUUGUCAUCGAGUAAUGCGAGGCGCCCCGCCUCGGCCGCGGGAACCGGCCACGCUCUGGGCGGGGCACGGGCGCCAUUGAGCCCCUUUCUUCGACCCCAUCUGGAACCCAGCCCGAGGGAAACUCCGCCCCGCCCUCGCCCCUCGGCUCCUCGCCCGUCCGGCCCGCCCUGGGCAGGGGGCACCGGGGCCAGCCCUACGCACGCACGCACACUCGGGGACUUUGUGCAUGCCCCUCGUGCCCGCACUGCACGCCCGCCCUCACCACGCCACCACCGCCGCCAUCACUCGCCCACCCGCCUGGGGGGCUCGGUCCUCGGGGCGCUCUUUGCCCAGCCGCCCUCCCCACCACACCCGUUCUCUGCCUCCCUGCUGUCUCCCACCCCGGGGAGGGCCCCGGGAAAAGGGGGGACUAGGUCCCCAGGACUCAGGGGCCCAGAAAAGCCCCAAGGGCCUCCUGCAUCUUCCAUUGUUCCGUGCCUGGAGCCCUCCGAUAGGUGCGAGGGGACACAGGCCACUGCCAAAGCCAUGGCCCGCUGAGGAGCCCAACUCCCCUUCUCCUCCCCCUCCCCAUGCCCUCCUGAUCCAAAAGGCCGCCCCCUUUUCCUCACAGUAGGCCACCCACCCUGUUGGCCAACCCCUGUCUGCCCUCAACCCCGCAAGGCCUACAGAUCCUUGGGCCCUGGCCAAGCUGGGACAGCCUUGGGAUGACAGUGACCUUGGAUUAAUCAACUUUAGCCCAGCCCAUUCAGUCCACCUCAGCCCAGGGGUGGUACAGGUACCUUGAGAGAUCUCAAACUGGAGCCACCCUUGGCACCAUGAGGAGCAGCUCAGCCAAUCCCACACCCAGCCCUGAACCCCAGGGCUCACCCUGGGCAGGUCUUCUCAGAUGAAAUCUGCAGAAAUGGGCCUACCUAAGAGGAUCAGCACACCCUCCACACACACAGGAGGGAGGGCUCCUUUCUAGACCUACCCCAUUCACCACCCCCCCAGCUUCCCAAACUUCUGCCUGCCCGAAUGGGCUCUGACUGUGUUCUGUUCAAUCCCCAGACAUUUGAAAAGUCCUGGGGGAUGCUGGCACAUCUUGGCAAUGCUAAGGAGGGGGCUGGGACCCCUUUCCAUCCCAGCCUUGAACCCCAGGAGAUACAGUGCCCACAGCCAAUCUUGGGACACCCUUUAUCUGGUUGGAAGGGAGUAACCAGUUUCCAGAGAGCCAGAGAGUGAGAGCGAGAGCGAGAGCGAGAGCGAGAGCGAGAGCGAGAGCGAGAGAGAGAGAGAGAGAGAGAGAGAGAGAGAGAGAGAGAGACAAAGAGAGAGAGAUGCUGUUGAAGCAGAGAAACAGUUCAACAGCCCAAAGAGAUCCCUGCCCCUGGAGUGCUGGCCGAGGAGGCUCCAGGCUGGAGUGGAGUGGAGUGGUCAGGAGCCAGUUUCUUCAGCCCCUCCUCCCACAGCCCCCUAAUAGGGAGGGGCAACUGUCCAUUUGCCCAAAGUAUUAAUGCAACUGAAGCUGUGAUAUUUCCAACGACUGUAGGAGGAAAAUUUAAGGGGAGAGAGGAAAACAAACAAAACCAACCAAUCCCUAAAAUCAUUUUCUUAUUGUACAUAACGACCUCAUUCUCCUGUAUAUGCGGAAGAUAUAACCUUAUAUUUGGUAAGUGUUUCUUGUGCUAUUUUAUCACGUGACCUGUUUAUAAAAAUAUAUAUUAAAAAAGUUGUAAAAA